UUUCCACCAAAAAUACAAUAUAGAACUAGAUCUGGAUUCUUUUACCUACAAUGUCUUUUUCACAGAAAAUCAUUGUUAUGAUAGUUGUUUUGGCCAUGAUGACAUGCAUCCCUGCCACAGCCAGCACCGUAGAGCACUGUCUACGGCUGAAACUAAAUCCAUCACCACCUCCACCACCGAAUGCGGUCCCAGGAUACCAUUCAGCAUUUGAUCUGAGUCGCAUGGUUUGCAGGGACGUUUUUCGGGAAGUAGGACAUUCAAUGCGAUCAACAGGAAAAUUGCCUUGGGUUUAUUUGGGUGCCCUAUGUAACAUCUUUGGUGACAAUGAGCAGAAGAUUGAACGUUAUGUUAAAGAUACCUUCAACCCUCUUGAAUUUUAUAGACUAAUUGAUGAUCGAUCUUGUGCUGUUGUUAGGAAGAAACUGCACCCUAUAUCACCUAAGCAUUUUCCUAAGCUAUAGAUUGUUAGCAUAUAUGUUGUUAGUUAGCGUUGUUUAAAUUCAACCUUCAUAUCGGAUUUGUUAUUGAACAAUUGAAAUUGAGUCAUAAUUUAUAAGAAUUGGUAACUUCUGAGUCUGUUGUUUGGAGAAAUAGAUCUUAUCUCUAUAUAUUAUGCUU